AUGCGCGACCUGCGUCUGCAAGGCGACCGGCAGAAGAGAGAGAGAGAGAAGUUUCUCUCACCGUUCCCCGGUGUCACCGUUGCAGUAGCGCUGCAGCUGCCAGCAGAUCGUGCAGCACCGUACGAGUUAGCGCACGAGGACUCGAAGGAGCUGAAAGAGGGUCCCCCACGGAGCCGGGGUGCUCGGCAGGAAGCCACCCUGGCCAGCAAUAGCAACAAGCGGCGGUGGAUCGCGAGAUGCAUGGCCAUGUGGCGUGGCUAUGUGCGCAGGCCACGCUGCGUGGGCUCCCUCGCCUCACGCCUGCUGCCGGCCGCAGCACUGGAUCUCGUGGGACACGAUCAGCAGGAGCGGAGCCCAUUCCGUCUGCGCUUAAGCUUCACGGGAAGAAGCCGUGAAGAGAUUGUCUGA